GAAAUCAUUUACGUUCACAAAGCUCAUUCCCGGCAAAACAUACCUGUUCACGCUGUACACCAUAUACAAAGGCGUGCGAAGUCGUCCAGUCACGGAAGCGAUAACAACGUAUCCUCUGAAGGUCAAUGCAUUAUAUCCGGUUGUGGGACAGGGAUAUGUGCUGCUGUACUGGGAUAUCGAGAAUUAUGCUGACAGUGAUUGUCGUUUUCGGUUGAGUUACAAUGCUGAGAGAGUCGCUACAGUAUCUGUGGAACUGAAGGGUGCCAGUCGUCAUCGAUUCGGUCCUCUUAUGUCCGACGUUUACUACACUUUCACAAUAACGGUGAUCAUGGGAACAGGAAAAGCGGCUGCCGAGAGUGAAAGUGAAAUGAUUACUGUCUACGUACCAAGAGAAGGGCGAUCGUUGCCUUCUUUGAAGAGACAAGGCAGUCGUGAGUUAACGGUCAAAUUCGAGAACGAUCAGCAGAUGUUCUCUCCGCUGAACGGUGCAAUUGAAGAUGUCGCUGUUAUAGUUUCGGACGAUAUCGAUAUGAACGAUGACAACUACGAAUUGAAAUCGUGGUUUGACGUGAAAGACGAAGAGACUUGGGGAUCUUAUAGGGCGACGCCAUCCGGCUGGAAUCCAUUCAAAAAAUCGUCGAAAGAAGCCUCAUUCACCAUAGGCAGCGAUGACUGCGUUCGACGAAGCCUUGAUGAUCCGUAUUGCAACGGAAUCUUGAGAGCUAACGUUCCAUAUAAAGUAAAAGUACGAGCAUACAUGGAUACAAAAGUGGCUAUGGAAAGUGAAUGGAUAACUGCUGACGGGGACGCAGAUGAGGAGGAAGAAGAAGAUAAAAAUGUCGCCGUUUUCAUGAGCAGUCGUUAUCCGCUGUAUGGCGUGAACGACGACGCGCUAUGGGCUCGUGGCAGUGCGAUCCCCGAGCCUACACGGGGAACUUCUAUUCCACCACUUCAUCAAACUAUGGCAUACUCAACUUAUCCUGGUGCCACUACCCACACCACCGUGGUCCAUUCGUCAGCCAAGCCCGUUGCUGAUGCUGAUAUUUACAGGUAA